UUAUAAACAACAAAAACCAAAUUCAAAACGUAGUCUAAAGGCACUCUAAAACCCAGAAAAAAUAGCUGUACGUGAAAUACAUCAGAUGUGAAAGAAAAGCGACCGGUAUUUGCUAAUAAUAGGCACAGCUUUCGAACUGGAUUACGCUAGUCCACCGUUACAUUCAAAACGCCAACGUUGUUCCAAUGGCCAACAGGGAAGUAGAAGCUGCCCGUAGAGAAUGAAAACGUUACGCAUAUGCAUCGUCUAUAAAAAGCUGUACGGCUAAAAAUAUACACCACCAAUUCUCCCCGAUAAUCCCUGUGCGUAGUUCCAGCGCUUUCACAACAACCACCGCCCGUCCCGAUAGCUGCUGUAAACCGACGAGCGUUAUUUUUAAAAACCACCACCUAUUCUCUCGGUUAAUAAGAACAACGAAAGGUUGCGAGUUACCGGUUGCGUGCACGGAGACUUUGGUGGAAAGACAAGGCUGGCAAUUGUUGGUGUUUGCUGCUGAGCUCUAAUUAGAAGGCAUCAGUUGGUUAGUCGUGGUGUGUGAUUGUUGUCUAGUUAGACGGUCUAUCGUUACGUGUAGAAUGAAGAAAUCUAUUCAUCGACGUGGGGAUGUAAUACUGCAGGAGAAACCAUUCGCCUGUGUGCUGGAUCCUCGUUACCGCGAAUCUAGAUGCGAUCGGUGCUUCAAGGAAGCAAAAGUGAUGAAAUGUUCCAACUGUCUUUAUGUUCGCUAUUGUGGUCGUUCAUGUCAAAAGGAAGCAUGGUCCAACCAUAAAGAGGAAUGCGAAAAGUUGAAAGCUCUCCCAUCGUGCCUGGUCGUACCGGCCGCAGCACUGAUGAUGGCAAGAAUUGUGCGACGACUACUGAAGGGCGGUGACACGCAUAAAGGAUACUACACCUCCAAGCUUUACCGCAAGUUCAGCGAUCUUAUGCCACACGAGGAAAACAUACAACAAGACUCCAAACGGAUGGAUCAUUUCGGUACACUAUUCGUGGUCCUACAGCGAUUGUUGGAUGAAGCGGCAAGACCGACCAAGAUGGAACUGCUUAGAAUUUAUGGAAAGAUGUGUAUAAAUACAUUCAACAUUUUGGACAACGAAAUGAACACCAUCGGGACGGGCAUGUACAUCGGUGCCUCCAUCAUCGAUCACAGCUGCCGUCCGAAUGUGGUCGUUUCGUUUGACGGUGAAACGCUAAACAUGCGCCUGUUGGAAGAUUAUCCCGACCAGGAGCUAGAUUUCGGCAAGCUGUUCAUUUCAUACAUCGACCUCAUUGACACGACCGACGUUAGGCGGGAGCAGCUGGCCGAGCGGUACUACUUCCGAUGCGAAUGUGAACGCUGCCGGGAUGAGCAGGAGCAAAAGCGUAUGAAUGCUGCCGCAUGUCCAAAUAAAAACUGCGAAGAACCGCUCGAUAUGCAUGGUUCGGAACUGAAACAACAAUGUCCCGUUUGUGGGACAUCCGUUACACCAUUCGACCGGGAAACGUUCAACGAAAUCAGCAACUUUACAAGGGAUCAUCUUGCGCAAAUGAAAAGCGUUGCAUCUACAGAUCUCGACGUUAGCCGGUUGUGCUUGCAGAAGCAAGAAAGCGUUCUACACCGCUACAACGUACACCACAUCAAAACGCUUGAAAAUGCAAUGGAAAGUGCGCUUAAUUUGGAGAAAUGGAGCGAAGCGACCGGAUACGCAGUGAAGUUGCUGGAUGGGUUCCGACACUACUACAGCCCGUUCCAUCCGAUGCUUGGGUUAACGUAUCUAAAGAUUGGUAAAUUGCAACUGUACGAGUGUCGGUUUGCUGAGGCGCUUAAACACCUACAACAGGCGGCGAAAAUAUUGCGCAUCACGCACGGUGAACAGGACGACCUGUACAAACGUGUGCUGGUACCGUUGCUUUGUGAUGCGGCACAGGGAGAUCUUGGUCAUCUCUCGAUAGCAUCUUCUGCUGAUUGAAGUUAAAGUAAAAUAGGAUGCAAUACAAAACUGUUUUCUGUUCUUCAUUUUGGCAUUUUGUCCUAUAAAAACUAAACAGACAAUGAUAAACUAUAG